AGUCGACGACGGCCAGUUAGUAGACAACUGUUGAACUCGACACAUGUGUGACGGUCACGCGAACGGCGAACAAGUUAUUGUGAACGGGAGCGAUUGGUAAAAUUAAAGUAAAUAAAAAGAACCUACUCGACGAAGAAGUGGACAAACGAGCGAACGGUAGCGCGAAACGAUUAAGCUAUGUAUAUACAUAUUAUCCAGGCAAGCAGUUAAGCCCCAAGUGUGUUGAGGUGCCCGUGCCCAUCACAACCCAACGUAUCUGGUCUGUCUGCCUGUCUUGUGAUCCGAGCGACGUUGAGCAUUCCAAGCGAGCGGAUAAAGCGCACACUACACAGAUUUUUGUAUGUACAAAGCUGCGCCGCGCACUUUUUGGUUGCGUAGAAGCUGAUAAUAAGACUUGGUACACCGUGCCAAGCGUGUGGUGAUUUAUGCGCACAUAUAUAAUAAUAAUAGGCGCGCGACGCGACGACCAAUAUUAAUUUUUUUUUUUUGGCCGCAGCCAACGACGAAGUUAACGACGCGACUGUGGUGGUGUUGCGCCAACAGAGCGCCACGAAAAACGAACAAUAACUCCACCAGCACUAGCACCAGCUCCAGUAACAAAAGUAACAUCAGCGUCAGCAGACGCAUAACUCCAACCGUCAGCUAGUACGCACUUGUAUUCAAAGCACUCAACUCCAUCACGCAAACGAGCCAGCAGACACAAUUUACAAUCGACGACGCGUAGUUAUCCAGCUAGUGUAACAGUAAAAUGUGUCGUUGCUGUCAGAGCUGCUGGGAGGACUUCAAGUGGAACUGCUUUGAGGAGAGAUUCUGCUACGAUGAGUCAAUUGCCAAUUAUAAUCCCGAAGAGGAUAUGGACUAUAUGACGACUAUGCAGAAAAAUGGCAGCGCACUGAGUCACAUACAGAUUUCGGAUAAUAACAAUUUAACAGUGCCCAUUAUUAAUCAACCAGUACGACGAAGCAAUUCCGGUCUUAUGAGUACGGCGAAGAUACACGAGGAGGACUAUCGGCGCGAAACGCAAACAAAUGUACCGAUGUUGGGACCCGAAAUAUUGGCCGUUUUCGCCAAUUCACAAAUCUUCCAGGAUCACCAACCGACCAAAUUGAGUCGCAUUAGCACGAAGACUUUCUUGGCGGGCAUACAUUCACCCAAUAAAGAGGUGCCGACAACGCCGCGCGAAACCGAACAGGAUCGGCUAAUACGGCGUUUGGAAGGAGAUACCAGUAAUGCUGCUGCUACUAAUGCCGCUGUUGACAAAGGAACACUAGGAAGUGUCACGCCCGCAAGCGCCGUCACAACGCCAACUGAUGCACCAGAUGGCACCGCAGAGAAACGCAUCACUUUCACGCUAACAACCGAUUCGUCACCCGAGGGUAGCCAAACACUGACACCGAAAAAAUUCGACGUAAUUACCGAAGAGGACAUGCUGCAUAGUGUUGUCGAACCAUCGAAAAAGUCCGAUUCAAAUGAGGUGAUACUCCGUCCGCCACGUUUCAUCGAUCGCCAAACACAUUUGUUGAGUUCCACAGCUGGCAUGAGUUCGCCACGCAAGCUCAAACGUAGCGCCACCAGCGUGCCACAUUUCAAUGUACGCAGCGCUGCCAGUGAGACCGACAUCUUCUCCAUAACCGGUUCGGGUUCGCGCAUUAGUAUGACACCCGAAGUGCCGUCCAUAUCAUUUAGCAAUUUGCCGAAAAACUACGAAGAUACGCCAACUAUUGAAAAGUAUCGCGUUUCGCAGAGUCUCUACUCCAUACAAACGGCAAAUGCGGCACGCGUCAAUCAGGCUGACUAUUCGAUGCCGCGUUAUUUCCGACGCUCGGCGGCAUUGACACAAAGCAAUGAAUUGCUAUCUUCAGCACCAUCCACAUCUUCGAUGAAUUCGAUGUCAACGUCCAAUGAGGGCAUGCAUCAUCAUAAGGGCGAGAAGGGCAAGAGUAAGCGAUUGCAAGCGUUGCGUGGUAAUUUGCCGCCAUUGCUGAUACAUUCAGUGUCAUUUCGCAAGAACAAGGAGGAGGGUAAACAGCUCGAUUAGGCGCGUGGGGAGGGGAGAGGCGGCCUAGUCAAGGACAGGAGGUUAAUGGGUAAAUUCCACAAGGAUUGUGGGGCAGGAAAAUAAGGAGAAGUGGAAAUGGAAGGCUAUGAGGAAGAGGUACUAGAAGCAGCAGGAGGAAGAGGGGAAUGAGCUGGAGAUGCAGUAGAACGAAGAGGAAGAGGAGAGCGUUAUGCCAUUUUGCAUUGUACUUAAGUGAGCGCAAAGAAGAAAUAUAAAAUAUUAGAGGUUAUUUUACAGUGAAGCUUCGUGUAUUUAGUCCAUUAAACAUUUAAAUUAAGUAAAAAAGUUUUGCAAGAAGAAUGUUUACCUUGAAGCUAUUACAAAUUUUCAUCUUGACGCUCGAAAUUCAAAUUGCAUGAGAGGAAAAAACGCAGUUUAUUAUUGCAUACUUUUAGGCGCUGCGAAGGGUCAAGAAAAAAUAUGAAAAUUGGAAGUCAAUUCGCAUUUUCACCACCAACACUUCUAUAUGCUAAAAAUAUAUUGUUAAAUACAGUUGAAUUUCGAUAACUCGAGCCAACUUUAUAUACAACAAAAAAUUAAUUGGCACACCGCUAAUACAUUUUUGAAAUCACUAUAGUAAUUCUAGUCAUAGUCUUGUCACAGAAUUCUAUAUAGCUCGCUCUCUAAAUGGUGUUGCCAAUAGAUUUCCUUCCAGUUUGAGAAAAUUUAUGUUGCAAAAGUUUGAGUUUGUGUGGCUCUACUGUUGUUCAUUAAGUCAGACUUGGAGAUGGAUAUAGUCAAACUAAAUGGUGGCGAAACUUUUUUUUUUUUGAAUAGCAUAUCAGUAAAAAUCUGAAUGUAUGCUUUUUUUUUAAUUUCUUUAAAAUAAUUUAAAACUAAAUAAAAUUUACUCUACAUAUACAUUCAUACAUGUUUGUAUCUAUUAUAUAAGUAAAUCCUCCUUGCAAUAUUGUCGCCAUAAAAUAUACUUUUGUUAAAAAUAAAUUGAGAAAAAAAUGCAUGAAAAAAUAUUUGUUAUAGAAUUCACCGUGCGUAUUGUUCGAUUUACCCAGUCUUCGCUGUAAGUCGAAACGCAAAUAAAAAUGUAAAGCUUUUCUUCAAUAUUCCCAGUUACUGUAGUCCAUCUAAGCGAAGCUUCACUGUACUUAAAAAAAAAAAAGCAGCUCAAACUCAACAAAAAUUUUAAAA